AAGAAGAAGCUGUCGAGCCUACAGCUCCCAGAAUGCAACGGGCGCUGCUCGCUUCCGGUCCUGCGCCGUUUCUGGAGCGGAUUGGAACCCGGAGUCAGGACUCGGCAAAUGAAGGCUGUUUAGCAGAGAAGGUUGGCAUAAUGGCUGAGCAGACCCCAGAUGAGUUCAUCUGGUGCGAGGACUGUGGCCAGUACCAUGACUCUGAGUGUCCUGAGCUGGGACCUCUGGUCACCGUCCAGGACUCCUUCGUCCUCAGCCGAGCUCGGUCGUCUCUACCUAGCAGCCUGGAGAUCAGAGAUGUGGGUAACGGAGAGGAGGGAGUGUUCGUCCUGCGUCGAUUGGUCAGAAGGACCCGGUUUGGACCCUUUGAGGCAAAGAGGGUGCCCACUUUGGAGAAAGAAGGAGUAUUCCCCCUGAAGAUCUUUCAGAGGGAUGGUGCUGUGGUGUGUUUCGACUGCAGCAGUGAGGAUGACUGCAACUGGAUGAUGCUGGUGCGACCUGCCACCGAUCACAAACACCAGAACCUGACGGCGUACCAGCAGGACGAUGACAUUUACUUCAACACCUCUCAGGAUGUGCUCCCUGGAGCCGAGCUGAGAGUGUGGUAUGGCGCUUUCUAUGCCAAGAAGAUGGAGAAACCCUCACUGAAGCCCCCACUGCAACCCCUGCUGCCUCCACCAGAUGUUGCUUUGUCCUCUGCUAAAAUGGAGAUCUCUGACAAAAGUGGAGCCCACUUGCCUCAAAAGGCUGAAGACAGCAGUGCAGGUAUAACCCCGGAUCACAGCAGCGAGGGGACCCCAGUGCCACCCCAGGAGGAGACCCGGCCUGCCCCUGAUGUAGAGGAAGGGAAGCCCCACACAGAACAGCCCGGCCGUAAAAGAGGACAUGGCCGCGGGAGGAGGGCCAGGGGCCGCAGGCCAGGAGCGGCUGGUACCACAAGCAAAACCAAAGAUGUGAAGCCCACGGUGGGAGGCCCGGAGCCGGCGGCCUCAGCAGCAUCAUCAGAGAGUGGCAGCCUGCUCGGUUCCUCUGACGGCGUUGCUGUCCAAAGGAGGCACAAAGCCAGAGAGCACAAGAGGGUUUACCGCUGCUCCCUCUGCAGUAAAGUCUUCCAGAACAGCAGCAACCUUAACAGACACAUCCGAUCUCAUGGUGAUAAGCUGUUUAAGUGUGAUGAAUGUGAUAAGCUAUUCAGCCGCAAAGAGAGUCUGAAGCAGCACAUUUCCUACAAGCACAGCAAGAAUGCGCCCGACCAAGAGUACAAAUAUAAAUGUAACACGUGUGAGAAAUCUUUCCGUCUGGAAAACGCCUUAAAGUUCCACAACUGCCGCACAGAUGACAAGACGUUCCAAUGUGACAUCUGCUCGCGAUUCUUCUCCACCAACAGCAACCUCUCCAAGCAUAAGAAGAAGCACGGCGAGAAGCUGUACUCCUGCGAGAUCUGCAACAAGAUGUUCUACCGCAAGGAUGUGAUGCAGGAGCACCACAGGAGGCACAGCGUGGGACCAAAACAGAUGAAGAAAGAGGAGCUGGAAGCUAAUGGAGAAGAAGGGACCAAGUACAGGAAGGAGCCGUCUCCCUGUCCCAUCUGCGGGAAGGUGUUCUCCUGCAGGAGCAACAUGAACAAGCACCUGUUGACUCACGGCGAUAAGAAGUACACCUGUGAGAUCUGCGGCCGCAAGUUCUUCCGCGUGGACGUCCUCCGGGACCACAUACACGUGCAUUUCAAGGACAUUGCUUUAAUGGAUGAGCAGGAGAGGGAGGACUUCAUCAAGAAGAUCGGCAUCUCGCCAGAUGACAGCGAUGACACAGAUGAAGAAGAAGAUGAGGAUGAUCCCGAGCACCACAAAUACAACUGCAAGAAAUGUCAAUUGUCAUUUGCAAAGGGCAAAGAUUACCUGAAGCACAUCAUGGAGCUGCACAAGGAGAAAGGCCACAGCUGUGGCAUCUGUAACCGACACUUUGCACUGAAGGCCACGUACAACGCUCACCUGGUCAUUCACAGAGAGCAGCUGCCUGACCCUGCCGUGCAGAAGUACAUCCAUCCAUGUGAAAUCUGCGGUCGCAUCUUCAACAGCAUCGGCAACCUGGAAAGACACAAGAUCAUCCACACUGGGGUAAAGAGCCAUGGCUGUGAAAAAUGUGGCAAAUCAUUCGCGAGGAAGGACAUGCUGAAGGAGCACCUCAGGGUACACGACGACAACCGGGACUAUCUGUGUGCAGAGUGUGGGAAAGGUAUGAAAACCAAACACGCUCUGAGGCAUCACAUGAAGCUGCACAAAGGCAUCAAAGAGUACGAGUGCAAAGAAUGCAACCGCAAGUUUGCCCAAAAAGUCAACAUGCUGAAACACUACAAGAGACACACAGGUAUCAAGGACUUUAUGUGUGAAUUGUGUGGAAAGACGUUCAGUGAGAGGACAACCCUGGAGACACACAAGCUUAUCCACACAGUGGGUAAGACAUGGAAAUGCGAACAUUGCGAUAAGAAGUACCUGACCGAGUAUAUGCUGCAGAAGCACAUCCACCUGACCCACGAAAAGGUGGAAGCCCAGUCGUGUCACCUCUGUGGGACUAAGGUGUCGACCCGCGCUUCCAUGAACCGUCAUCUGCGUCGCAAACACCCCGAGGUGGCGCCGGUGAGAAUUGACGAGUUUGACGAGCUUCAGGAAAAUUCGGCCGUCAGUAAUUCAUCUGUCAGUAUUGUCCAGCCCACCCUGUCCUUGGAGAAAGACGGCAUGCCCCAUGAGAAGCCCAUCCGACCUUUGCGCCACCACAAGAAGAAGCAGCGAGUCGUAGUGGAACCGGAGCUCUCCGAGUCGGACGACUACGCCGAUUUCACCGAGCCGAGGCACCAGGCCAUGUCCGAAUUCAACACGGUCAUCGUUGGCGAUGAAACGGAGACAAGCUCUGCCGUGCAGAGCAUCCAGCAGGUGGUGGUCCUGACUGACCCCAGCGCGCCAUCAGCGCCCUCCCCCAGCAGCUCCGUUGGACUGACCAACAUCACCGUCACUCCGAUCACCAGCCACUCCCAAGCUCAGUUCACCAGCCUGCAGCCCGUAGCGGUGGGCCACCUGACGGCCACCGACCGGCCCCUCACGCUGGACAACUCCAUCCUCACCGUCACCUUCGACACGGUCAGCGGCUCCGCCAUGCUCCACAACCGACCCGCUGAGCUCGUCCCAGAGACGGUGGGCCCUACCAGCGGCGCAGCGCCCCAGUCUGUGGCCCAUUUCAUAAACCUCACCACUCUGGUCAACCCCAUUAGCCACCAGCUGGAGGCGCCGACUCUGUCCUGGAGAAACGUAACGGCUGCUGAGGGCGGCCAGGUCGCCCACAUGGACGGAGCUCACGGAGAAACUCAGGAGGCCCAGAAUCAGGGUCCAGAUCCAGGCGGGAGCAGCCAGGCAGCCAGCCAGCAGCAGCAGAGCAGCUCAGCACAGCAGAUGUUUAGCUACUGAGGUGCGGGUCACCUCACACUCAGACGUGGUUACAUAGCACAUAGUCUGAAACCCAGCUGAAUCAGACCAGACGUGCUGUCCAUCAGGUUUGCCUGAAUAUAAAUAUAUGUAUGGAAGGAUUCCAGCACAGGUCAGAAGUUUACAUCCACCCAUCUGCAGGAAUUUCAGAUUGGUUUAAGAUCUGCGUCACACAUUUCAGCGGUUGCAUCUUCAGGACCACAUUCACCCUCUGACGUGGGCCGCUGUAACGCUCAAAGGCAAAAGUGGUCCUCAUCACUUCUCUGGGGAAAUUCCUUUCUUGUUAAGUGGAUCUGACUUCUGGUGUUUCAGGCGGCAGCCCCGACUGACUCCAACGCCCCAGCAGCUCUGAGCAACAUCCCCGUCUCACCAAUCACCAGCCACUCCCAAGCUCAGUUCCCCAGCCUGCAGCCAGCUGACGGCCAGCUGACGGUCAGCGGUGGGCCCCAGAGCAGCUCGGCACAGCAGGUUUUUAGCUACUGACUGGAGGUGCAGGUCACCUCACACUCAGACAUUGUUACAUAGCAUAUGAAUUUUCUUUUUCUUUUAUCAGACUAUUGUCCCUCAGAUGCCUCUCCAGUCCAGUGGAAGCUAGUCGAAAUGUACAACCGUUUAGUUUCCUUUUUUACUCCGACAGAACCAAGUGGCUGCUAACGAUGAAAUAAAGCAUGAGAGAAAUGGUACUUUGAACCCAAAAUCUCUGACAAGCAACCCGACAGUUGAAACCAAAGGAACGUCUCAGACAUCCACUUGCCUUUCCAGCAUGCCUCUUAUUCAGAUGAACCUGCGUCGUAAGGAAGAACUUUAUGUUAAAGUUCAUUGGUGAAUUUUUUUUUCCUGAUUGGUGUAAGCUGUAGUUUUUGUUUAUCUAAAAACAAAAAGAAACUUUCUUUUUAAGUUUUCUUGCGUGUCUGUGUGUGUUUUCUGGAGUUGUGGUCAAAUUCUUUCGAUCUGCAGGUUUUCUACCAUCACGUUCUACUAUGCUUCACAGCUUUACUUGAUGUUUUGCAAAUUCAGGAAGUAUCACAAAAGUAAUCCAUCUGUUAGGCGUAUCUUACCGUCAGAUUAAAAAGA